AACCCCAGCUCCCCCUCAUCUUAAAAAAAUAUUCACAAGGAUUUUUCUGGGUUUUAUUUUUUUUUAUUCUUUUAUUAUUACUAUUAUUAUUAUUUGUUUUUUUAUUUUUAUUUUUUAUUUUAAGUUGCUUAUUUUGCCUUCCUUUGGUUGCCCUGGAAUUCAAAAUAAACUUGGACAAAUUUUACAAGAUUUGGGAAGAAAUCCGGUCGGAUCUUGCUUUGUGGGUCUUAUUUCAAUAAAAAGCUCUUCUUCUUAGUUUCUCCACCUCCCAUAGGUUUCACAAAUCAGACUUAAGAGAGACAACAGAAAACAGAGUUUCUCUGGAUCCCCUGCUUUUUAAUUGGCGCAAUGGGCAUGGCUACCGAGACCCAGUUUCAUGUUUUGGCUGUUGAUGACAGCCUCAUAGAUAGAAAGCUGAUUGAGAAGCUCCUCAAGACCUCAUCAUAUCAAGUUACUACAGUUGAUUCUGGUACUAAGGCUCUAGAAUUUCUGGGUUUGCAUGAAGAUGACCAAAGCAACCCAAAUACAUCCUCUGUUUUCCCAAACAAUCAUCAGGAAGUGGAAGUGAAUCUUAUUAUUACAGAUUACUGUAUGCCUGGCAUGACAGGCUAUGAUUUGCUCAGGAAAAUCAAGGAGUCUUCAUCCCUGAGAAACAUCCCAGUGGUGAUUAUGUCAUCUGAGAAUGUGCCUUCAAGAAUCAACAGAUGCUUGGAAGAAGGAGCAGAAGAGUUUUUCUUGAAGCCAGUCAGAUUAUCAGAUGUGAAUAGGCUUAAGCCCCAUAUAAUGAAAACAAAAUUGAAGGAUCAUGUUAUUAUUUCAACAGAUCAAAAACAAGAAAACGAAGAAGAAGAUGAUGAUGAUGAAUCAGGGAAACCAGUUCUUCAAUCACAAGAAGAACACCAGCAGCGCCAACAACAACAACAUCAGCAGCAACAACAACAACACCACCACCAACAUAGCAAUAGUAACAAGAGGAAGGCCAUGGAAGAAGGGCUUUCACCUGAUAGAACUAGACCCAGAUACAAUGGCGUCACCACAGUGGUCUGAUGAUUAAUCAUGAAAAUAAUUUUCCCAUUUUAUCUGAACAAUGUAAUUUUAUAAUUUUUCUUUUCUUUUUUUUUUUAAUCUUAAACUUUGCGCUGGUUAAUACAGGGCCCAAUAGGAGUGUAGAGAGAGUUGUUUCAUGUAUACAUUUUACAUGGAAAUAUUUUAAUCCAAUUUUGUUCUACUAA